AUAACCUAAUAGAACAAGGAAAUUCAGUCAAAGGGAAGCAAUCCAAAUUGUUUGAGUGACUGCCUCUGUUUAUUGAUAAAAUUUUUGUUUUGAUCACGUGACUAGGAAGUCUGUUAUCUUUAAAUUGUUUUGAUCUAGAUUUCUGCAAGUGAACUAGUUUCGGCUGUGUAAUAGCAUAAAAUGGAUAUCUAAUGGUGUUAUGUGCUCCAUUGACCAUCCAAUAUGUCUGAGCUAGAAAAGGCAGUCGAUAAGAACGAAGUGAAGCUGGUAAGACAAUUAGCAAAAGAUGCACAAUGCACGCCAGAAAUUCUGCAAAACACCUUGAUAUCUGCAGCAACCAAAGGUCGUGCUGAUUGUGCAGCUGCGCUUCUCGAAGCCGGUGCGUCACCGGAUAUUCCGGGUCGGGACGGUGCAUAUGCUUUAACGUCUGCCGCUGCAAAUGGCCAUACAGUGGUAGUUGAACUUUUGAUUUUAUGGGAAUGUGACUUAAUGGUUCGAUUUGGAACGGAACAGUCUACAGCUUUGCAUUUAGCUUCAGAAAAUGGUUAUCUUGAAUGCUGCCGGCUGCUAGUAAAAGCUGGUGCUGAUAUCAAUGCUCGAAACGGACUGGAUGACACUCCACUUAUUCUAGCAUGUUACAAUGGUUUUACUAGUCUAGUCAAAUAUCUUUUGGCGCACCAAGCCGUUGUGAGACGACGAGGAUACUUAGAUCGUACAGCAUUACACUGUGCUACGGAAAAUGGUCACUUACAAAUCUGUAAAAUUCUUGUUAGCGCCAAGGCCGACUACGAGGAAGAUGAUUCUUUCGGGAACACGCCAUUGAUAUCAGCGGCUGAAAAGGGUUACGUUGAACUGUUAAAGUUGUACCUCGCAACUGGAUGUGAAGUGAAUAAAACAAGUCACAGCGGAUGUACAGCGUUACAUUUUGCCGCUCAACAUGGGGACUUUGAAUGUUGCCGUCUGCUAUUGGCAGCCGGUGCUGAAAUUGAUGCCCAAGAAGUUCGGCGGUUUACGCCUCUAAUGAUGGCGGCCAUGAACGGACAUGUUAGUAUUAUUGAUUUACUUGUCGAAAAUAAAUGUAACGUCAGCAUGGUUGCAUACAAUAAAAGAACGGCUCUCCACUUAGCAGCAGAACGAGGUCAUUUACAAUGUUGCCGGCGACUACUCCAAGUUGGCUGUUUUAUUGAUGCUCAAGACUCUAUGGGUAAUACGCCUAUAUUUGUGGCUGCAUCUAAAGGUCAUGCACCGCUUGUGUCAUUUUUCAUUGAUCAGCGAGCUGAUUUGGAUAAAGCACCAAACAAUCAGAAUUCGUUGCUACAUUGCGCAGCCGCGAGCGGAAGUGUUGCAUGUUCUCAAGAACUUGUAAGUCGUGGAUUUGACAUUGAGAAAAAGAACAGAGAUGGUCAAACACCACUCAUUAGUGCAAUAAAAAGCAAACACAGAAAAACUUCUAUUUAUCUUUUAAACUGUAAAUCCAAUGUAAAUAGCCGUGGUUUACAUGGAAUGACUGCAUUAAAUGAAGCAGUGUUCAAUAAUUCUCCACAUCUUGUUCAACUUCUUUUGCAACACGGUGCAAACCCAAAUAUUGAAGAUGAUGGUGGAACCUUGCCGCUUUGGUUUGCUGUUGAUUCCGGAAAUGCAGAAAUAAUUAGACUUUUAACUAACGCUGGUUGUCGAUUUGACGUAAAAUCCACCCUUAGUGAUUCUUGUAGACCAUGCGAUGCUCUUGAGCACGCGGUACACAAACAGAAACUGUAUAUAGUAAAGUAUUUGGUUGAAGUUUACUGUGAAUCAGCCAUAAAUUGUCUGACUAGAAUAAAAACCAACACAGAGUGUUCUCAACCACUACAUGCUACCACGAAAGCUUGCCUCGAAAGUUUAACGGAAGGACCACCAUCUUUGAAAUCUUUAUGUAGAAAAACAAUAAGGAAAAGCCUUGGACCAAAAUGCCAGCAAAUCGUGGACAUUCAGUCAAUAAAAAUUCCAAAGCAAAUAGCUUGCUACUUAAUGUACCAGGAUAUGGAAUUUGAGUAGAUACAUGUUUAAACACGUGUGGGGGGUCUUUCUUCACUUAGUUGCUUAAAUACAUAUCACAGUUCAGUCGAUUGCAUUUUAUUACACAGUAGCGCUUUUACAGAACAGAAUCACAAAUGUUUAAAAUGUCCAAGGUUAUCCCUCCUUAUGACUUAAAGGCCAAGUGUAGAUAAGAUUUUAUAAAGAAAUACGUUUUUCACAUGAUACAUUAAUAUGUACAUGUAUUUGAAUGAAUGGGUUUUUGAUAGAUUACUUUUUACGCUGUAUACAAACUUGACUUGUGUCACAUUAGAUAGCUAUUCAUGUAAGAAAGUUGUAAUCAGUAACUUGUGUAGAAAUUACGCCAAUUUGCUUUAUUUACACUCGAAUUAUCUUUACAUUUAGUGUUACAGCUAAAUAUAGGGAAUGUUACUGUCAUACCAUAUUGACAUUUAAUCAUUCAACGUUGAAGGAUAAAUUGUUAAAUGUUUUCAGUAGUUAUAACUGUUCAUGUUUAAAACAGCGGGUACCUCGCUGUAUAUAUACUUUUACUUUUUGAUAAGUUAACAGUUGAAUUUUUUAUAAUGACAGCCUUUGGAAAGGGUUAAAAUGAUCUCUUCAAUGUUUUAGCAAAAGCAACAACACAAAAUGAAAAACAGAAAAAAGAAAACGUUAUUUUAUAAACAGUAUAAUUAAUAAGAAACUAGAAGUUUAUUAACAACUUUUUAAGAGGUUCCUUUAAAAAAAGUGGUUUAAUUGAUCAUGAUAAUGGCUUUUUUGUAAUGUAAAGAGAGCGAUUGUUAAGGCAGUUGUUCCUGUUCAUCACAUGUAGUUUUGUUGUAUGGCAAUGUCAUAUAAAACAUACUUGUAAUAUACAUAUAUAUUUGGUGCAGUAUAUAUUUGGUAGAUAAUUCUAACCAGACUCAACAUUUAUUAAGUCUUAACGUAACAUAUUUAAGUACAUUAAGAAUAUUGACGAAAAUAUUAGAAGUUAUACCACCAGAGACGUAUGUUUUAUGAGAUAAAAUUAAUUUUGUAUCAUCUUUAUUUCAGGGCCUUACACGACUUAUCACUACCCUGUUUAAAGACAAUUCUCCCCCUAAGCUUUUAACAACUAAAAUAUGUAAGGGUUGGAGGGAUUAUUGUUACAAUUUUUAUUCUUAAUUCGUUUUUUUUGUUAUUUGUGUAUGUAGCUACAAUAAUCUUUUUUACUUAAUGCUCCUCGUGCACGGGUUCGUUAUGCGUUAGGUACUGAUUACCAGCAACAUUGGUGGAAGUUUGAAUGUUUCAACUUCCGGUAUAUUGUAUAUAUUUUGUCCUGAAGUUACUCACUGAAAUGUUGAGUUACAUUCAUAUCAUGUAAAACAAAGUUGCACAUGCAUUUUGGUGUACAUAACUUUUAUUCUGGCAUGGUAGUUUGUUAAAGAUAAUAAUUAUAAUGUAAUAAUAUGUACAUGUAUUUGUAUAACUAUGUAUUUUGAGCUAAGUAAUAGUAUUUAUUAUGCUUUGUCUUAAAAUGAAUAAAUAAUGCCGCUUCAA